AUGGGAACAUAUCAAAAUCAAUAUGGCGGACGCUUCAGGUUUUCGAGAAUUGAGUCAAAUAUGCCAUUCUACGCGUGCAUAUGUCCUUAUGCUUAUGCUUAUGCGCUAGUGAAAACCAGGCUCAAGAAUUUAACCAUUAUCCCCUCCCUCGAUCAGAGUAAACCAGUCGGUUAUAAAUUUCAUGGCCAUCUUUACGUAUCUAUUUUCAGAAAAAUGACGUGGAUAUGUCUGUUUUUUGUACCACUCAUCACCGCCUGCAGAAUGUCCAGAUUUACCAAAGAGGAAAAUGUCGCUCUAGAGAAUCACUUGAUAAAAAUUGUCACGGCGGAUCGCCCAAUCAAAUGCCGAGAAGACUGUCUAGAUACACCAUCUUGCUUCUCUGUCAACGUACAUGCACAAAGACUCUCAUCAGGCUGGGUCACGUGUGACUUAAAUAACUCUAGCAAAACCGCCGACCCACAGGACUUAGUACCGAAGAAAGGGUAUCAGUACCUUCCGAUGGCGGUAGGUAAUGUAAAAAUGGUUUAAGGGUUUAGGAAGUAAUUAAAUUCAGAAAUAAAUUGGCUAUAUGCAUGGUUUUUGCAUUAUUUAAGUCAAUCUUUCUAGGUGUGAAAUCUAGUUACGUCAAGAACCAUGACGAUAAAUGACGCCAUUAAACAUUGUGGCUGCCAUUUUAAAUUGUCCCAUUGUUGUCACUUUACAACACUGAAAAAAAUUUCGCGUUCCUCUCCGGAAACCAAGUUCCGAUUAAUUUCAAGCGUUUUGGUAUUUACAUAUCCCUGUCUGUCCUUCAUUAUAUUCUUCCUUGAUAGAUGCUCAUGACAUAUGCGCAAGGUUAGACAGGUUACAAUUCUGUUUUUGAUUUAUAGAUGGUUAGAUUUGUUUCUUUCCUUUUUCUUCUGUUUCUUUCAGAAAGUGUUACAUUGCACUGUAGAUCAAUGUAUCUACAAAGACGGUAAGAUUCCUUGAGUAGUGAGAGAAAGUUUUCUUCACUAAUUUAAAUAUAGCCCUGCAUAUGUACAGAUAAAGCAAACUUGGCCAUUAUAACAGUUCUGUGUCCAUUCUCUCCGUAGCUCUUCCUGACAGCUGGUUUAUAUACGGCAGCCAUAAGCUUAAGAUUUUCCCUGAAAAACGGACCUGGGAAAGAGCAAGGACUUACUGUCAGUCGAUUGGUGGAGAUUUAGCGUCAAUCAGCAGUGAGGACAAAAACGAGUUCAUUACUCAUUUGCUAGGCCGUUAUAUAACAAAUAUGACAGAAGGUUAGAUGUUAUUCUUACAUUUUACAUUUCCUCGAAUAAGCACCUGGGCGCCUAUUUAAAAUUUCGGCUUAAAGGAGGGGCUCUUGUUGUAAGGAGGUCAUCGAGGAGGGAGACCUUAUUAAAAGUUCUCCUUUUGGUAAUCAAGCGUACCGUGGUCUCAUACUCCCAUAAUGUUAAUUCCCCCACAGUUGUAUCAGUGUAAAAGUUGAAGUUUAAAAAACACUUUUUUCUUUUAUACCUACUAUUUAUAUCAAGAAGUGAUGGGAGGUUAUUCUAGGAGGGGGGAAGGGGGCGCUUGUUUGAAAUUUUGGCCUAGGGGUGUGCGCUUAUGAGGGGGAGCGCGCUUGUUAGAGCGUGGGCAUUAAUUCAAGAAAAUACGGCACACAGGGUCUUUUCAACGAACUUGAACCAAGGGAUUGAAUUCGGGGCGCAAAUUUUUUGUUGUUAAUUGACAUUUAUAUUGACAUUUAUAUUGUCAUUUAUAUACUCAAUCUCAUAUAUCUUUAUACCCUUUACGAAUAUUAGUUUUUUUUUGUAUUAUAUCAGUGAAAGAAUAUGACCAACAUGAAUGGCCAAAGCGAAGCUAUACCUUGAAAAGUUUUAUAUUUUAAUAUUUUUAUCCAUUUAUUUUUACCCAAAGUGUAUGCUGAUAUGUUGGUUUUACUGAUUUUUGAUAUUCAGAGGACCAUCCACGAACACUUGCACGCUGGCAUCUGGACGGAACUGACCUAGACGUCACGUAAGUAAAUACAAAAUGUGACGCGGUGAAGUGGAAGUUAUCCACCACCUUGUACACAUUAUUCGUUUUCAUUAAAAGGAUAUAGGAACUGUGGGUCGCAUAUGAACUUGAGGGUUCUAGAAGUCAUGUCCAACUAAAAAAAAUAUACAAACUUCUCAAACUCACUGAUAAUUCAUAAAGAAAAUACAAAGGAAAUUAAUGUUUAAUGAGUGUUUGGAAAUCAGAUGAAAAACUGCUAUUUUUGCAUGUAGUGAAGGGUGAUAUGAAGCUGUGCUGUAUAACUUUCAUUGUUAAAGAGAGUACUACGUAUUUUAUUUCUGUAGACAUUUUUGAACUUUAAAUGUUGGGCCUUCCUGUCGAAUGAAUAGAAAAAGACCUAUGCCUAACGUGAUUUGUAAAAGAAAUUUUUUUUAAAAAAAGAGGUUCAUGUGACUUGUUUUAGGCUAGUUUAUAUGUUUUCAUCGUAGUUCGUAAUUUUAUGCUAAUCACGUUUACACAUUUUAUGUAUUUUAAAAACCCUCCUGAAAAUCAAUUAUCGUAAUAGAGGUCUCCUUUUUGAGUUGCAUAAGAAAUCUUCAAUUCAAAUUAACCACUUUUAAAAUUAUCUUAAAACAUUAAUCAACAACAAAUCAUAUAAAUCCUUUACAGUCUAGAGAAUGAAGCAACUUUCAGAGAAGAAGGUGGUUUUCAAUCUCUGUACCUCAAUGGUUCAGGUCAUGCAACAGUGCCUGCCGUGGACUUUGGACGUUCAAGUUUUACUAUCGCCUGUUGGGUGAAGAUUCAGAGCCCUGCUAGUGCUACAUUACCAGUUUUCUCAGAUUGGACAAACCCGCUGAAAUUUCAAAUCGUAGCGUAUGACGCUGGGGGAAACCUGUUUUUUGGUUGUGUAAACAACUUUGGUAAUUUCCUUCCAUGGUUCAUAGGAGGGUAAGACUCGGAAAAGUACUUGUUAAAUUACCAUGUUAUACGUUUUCACUUUCACGCUUAUAAUCUGCUACUAGACGUGGACAGUAGUUCGGCUAGUUCUUCUUCUUAACUUCCUCGUAAAACGUGUAAACAUUCUGCGCCAUUUUCGUCAUUUUCUCUAGCACUCCAAACACAGCUGAGAGAACGCUAACCUCGUUUUCCGUACUCUCUCGCUCACUCUACUCGUUCCCAGGUUCUCUCUCUCUCUGGCUCCGCAGGGACUGGUAGGAGGGAGAGCCUUGGAAAGAAAUUGAGAGAACGCGACAUACCUGUUGUGCCCAAGGCUUAACGGUUGCCAUGCCUUUUUAUCCUGUUGUGCUGCACCACCGAUCAUUUUAUCGAAUAUCACAAAUUAACAUCUUGGUUAACACUAGCUUGUUAAGGAAGGAUUAGCCGCUGGGUUUUAGCCAAUGAGAAAGGGAGAAAUUUUAUUUCCGGUGUUAUUUUUUAAUGAAACUGACGAUUAACUUGGGCGCAUUUCUUCCGAGUGUGAGCAUAACUGAUUUGAUGCCUUUCAGGAGUGCCCCAAUUGACAAGUGGUUUCAUAUGGCAGCUUAUUGGGAUAGAAAUGCAAAUGAGGCUGGAUUUUUUCGUGACGGUCAGUUAGUUUCAUAUCAAGGUCUGGUAAAUGGCUCGUACCUCAGAGGCAAUGAUCACGCAGUGUACGAUAUUGGCCUUAAAAGGGACGACGGGAAGACGUUUAAAGGACAUUUGAGAGACCUUAUGAUUAUUGGAGAGGCGCUCACUGCUGAAGAUUUGAACAGUAUACUAACAGGUGAAUCAGCCGGUGUAACGACAGUAAUGGACAUUAGGGCAGUGUCAUCGAUUUUAUCAACUUAGUAUGCAAAAAGUGAACGAAAAAUUUUACUCAGGAUAUUUUAAACUGUUAGGAGAAGUGUAGUAAGUAUUUUUGGCCAUGGAUUGUCUGAGAAUAUAUAUCAUUCUGAAAAACGUGGGCCAAGCAAGAGAAAAGUUAGAAAUAAACGGAGACAAUACAGUCACACUCCUAUCAUUUAGAAUUAUUUAGAGCCCACCUCUCUACUGUGCGAUCGACAAGCUGUGAUUAACGGCUAGUUUUCUUAUUUUAUUUUUUUCUCGGGCAAAGAGUCCAUAUGUUUACGGCUUGUUUUAAACGGUUGUCUUUUCACGUUAGUAACGACCACUUUUUUUGAGUGCUUCCCAACUGACAAGAUAACCUUUCCAGAGUACAGAGGCUGUUUAACAACCGAUGCGUUCACUUUCAUACCGUGCCUUUUACUGAUAUUUUUUUUUUCUUUUUUGUUAACGGCGUUUGUUCUGAACAUGUUUUGCACCUAAUAGGCCACUUCCGAGUUCCAAAAACCCUCACUUUCAAAAUGAGGCCAAGUGCACAACCUGUCUUGUGAAAAUGAGUUUUGUUUACAUGAGAAUGAAAAAUCAUUUCCAUAUCAAAGGCUGACCACUUAACCUUGUUUUCAUACAGAGGCCCCAGGGUCAUCGGAAAUGGCUUAUUAGAACAAAUUUUCUCGUUACGCGUCCACGUUUGGAUGCAAACGACGCUACAGGAGCUUCCUAGUUUGUGUGGUUGUCGCUGGAAGAAAGCUUGUCGUUUACAAUCGAUUAACUAAAUUCGCUUAGUAACGACCCAUUCCUCUUGAGGUUGUUUAGUUAAUUACAUAUAAUGAUAUAGCGAGGACCACAAUUACCCAUAAUUCCGGACUCGCAUUCUUUGCUGCAAGCCAGGAUCAUUUUGCCUGUCGGCAGUUAUUCUUACCAGAUUUUUUUCACGUAGAGAUCUUUUUACUCAUUGACAAAAGUGAUACCAAGUUUACACGUCAUGUUGCUCACUGUGUGAUCGGUAGUGAAAUGACUUACCAACCAAGCUAAAAAUAGAAGUAGAAAUGUUUAAAAUGACACUGACCCCAUUUUAGCCGACCAAUAAGGUGUCAUCCUUAAAAUAACCGUGGAGUAAGACACAUAACCUAGAAUAGACGUCAAAUAUUUUUAAUAUGAAGAGGGCCAUGUAUGAGAGAUUCGCACUCAUACCUCGUUCUCUCUUGGUUACACCCCAUUACACAUCCCAUCCCGUUUAACCCCUUACCUCUCGUUACCAAGAUGGACGUUGGGUACAGGUUUUACAGCAUGCGUUAUUUGAAAAAUAAUUGUAAUUCCUCAACUGGAUUCUACUGGACAUUAUUAGCGGAGUACUGUAGCUGGUUCAGGAAAAAUCGUUCCUCCUUACGUCCGUCCGUUCAUGUUAGCGGAUGUGAAAUGUCGCAAUUACUAGAUUGGAGUCCAGGGCGUUAUACAGUCUGUGUUUAACUUGAUUUUGGACAUCCAUGUUAUGAUCAAUUGACAGCUCUCAAAAAAGGGUAUUCGCUGACCAGUGUCACAUGACUUUACUGCGGGCUCAAGUGAACUCUUCGUUGAGGUGGCGUGUUCUUUUAAAGUUGUCCGAAGACUAGUUAGUGGUUUUCAAAUGAUCGCAGGCUCAGGUAAUUUCUUCCGCUUGCUUCUUGCUUUUGGCGAAAGUGAAAAAGAAUCGAAAAUAGUAAAAAGAAAAAAAGUAUAAAUUGAAGGAAAGAAAAUCAUAUUAGGCUAAUCUUAAGCGUUGUGUGUUGCAGGUCCAGUCAGAAAAUCCCAUGGUGGUGCGUGGAUCGGUCUGAACGACACAUUUCAAGUUUGGUCUGAUGGUAGUCACGUGGUCUAUACCAAGUGGGCUACCGGGCAGCCGGAUAACCAGAACGAUUUCCCAAAGUGCACGGAAAUGGCGGUUGAUGGCGGAAACUGGGACGACACAAUUUGCACAAUGAAACGACCUUUUAUUUGUCAGAAAGAAAAUUAG